AGGGCGGCUCUGGGCGGCAGGACCGGGCUGUGGCCCCGGGAGAGCCGGGUGGGGCCUCGGGAUGCAGCCGUCGGUGCCCGGGCCCCCGGGCCUGCUGGACGCCGCAGAAGGGCUUUCGAGGAGGAAGAAGACGUCGCUGUGGUUUGUGGGGUCUCUGCUGCUGGUGUCUGUCCUCAUCGUGACCGUCGGGCUGGCUGCCACCACCAGGACGGAGAACGUGACCGUGGGGGGCUACUACCCAGGGAUCAUUCUCGGCUUUGGAUCUUUCUUAGGAAUUAUUGGCAUCAACUUGGUGGAGAAUAGAAGGCAAAUGCUGGUGGCAGCGAUUGUGUUCAUCAGUUUUGGUGUGGUGGCCGCCUUCUGCUGCGCCAUCGUGGACGGCGUAUUUGCAGCGCAGCACAUUGAACCGAGGCCCCUCACCACGGGAAGGUGCCAGUUUUACUCCAGUGGGGUGGGGUACUUGUAUGACGUCUACCAGACAGAGGUCACCUGUCACUCCCUGGACGGCCAGUGCCAGCUGAAGGUGAGGAGCAACACCUGCUACUGCUGUGACCUCUACGCCUGCGGGAGCGCCGAGUCCUCGCCCGCCUACUAUGAGUUCAUCGGCGUCCGCGGCUGCCAGGACGUGCUGCACCUGUACCGCCUGCUCUGGGCCUCCGCGGUUCUCAACGUCCUGGGCCUGUUCCUGGGCAUCAUCACCGCUGCCGUCCUGGGGGCCUUCAAGGACAUGGUGCCCCUGUCCCAGCUGGCCUACGGCCCAGCCGUCCCACCGCAGACCCUCUACAACCCUGCCCAGCAGAUCCUGGCCUGUGCAGGCUUCCGCCCGACGCCCGAGCCCGUCCCGACCUGCUCGUCCUACCCUCUGCCCCUUCAGCCCUGCAGCCGCUUCCCAGUUUCGCCCGCCUCCGCCCUGGCUUUGUCUGAGGACCUGCAGUCUCCCUCUCCAAGCAGCUCUGGCUCUGGGCUUCCUGGCCAGGCCCCACCGCGCUACGUACCCACCUACUUUCCCCCAGGGGAGAAGCCACCCCCCUAUGCACCCUGAGAGAGGUGUGGAGUAAAAGAAAAAAAAAGGCAGCCUCUAGAAAUCCCGCUUCUGUGGCCAACCUCCUAGAGAACCCAGGAGAGUGUUCCGGAAGUCUGUCCCCUGCUUCCCUCCCUGGGCACACUGGUGAGGGAGGCUGGGACCAGGCAGGGAGUGGGGCCCUGCAGACCCAGGCUGGUGACACCUCGGCUCGGGCUCUGCUCACACCACCCGGCCUCCUCCUUUGACAGCGAUUGUUCUGGUGUUUUCACAUCCCUUAAUUAAUUAGCUGCUAUUAUGAUUCUGCAAAGAAGGUGCGGCCCCGUGCCUCCCUGCGUGUGUGUUCCUGUUUGUGGACGUGUGUUGUGCGUUACACAUUCACGCGUGUGCCUGUGUCCUGGAGAAGGGCAGGGCAGGACCCACCCGCCCCGCGUGCUGUGCCCCUGACAUAAUGCCAGGAAGGGAAUGACGCUUCAGCUCCCACGCCCGGCGCUGUGUCUAACCGCCUGCGAGUUGCCAGAGUCUGGGGGCCUGGUUGUCCUUCCCAGCACUGGGCUCAAAUCUGCCCGGGCCACGGGCGCGAGGGUCUCUCCCUGAGCUGUCUCCCAGCUACGGCGCCUGGACUUCUGCUGUCCUUCCGCGGCGGCUCCCUCACCACACCGUGUCUCAGGAGGGGACAGUGCGGGUGGGUGUUUCGCGGUCCCUCGGCUCAGGGUCUGGGGCCGCAGCGCUCCCUGUGGAAACCAGCCUGGCUCCCCGCGGGCCCAGUGUGCGCCCUGCCAGGCACACCUGGGGAGACAGGUGAGCACGCCUGGGAAGAGGCAGGUCCCCAGUGGGUCCCAGGCGCCCCAGUGACUGGAGUUCAGGAUGCGCCACCCCAAAGUAGCCAGAGUCUCUUGAAAAGCAGUGGAUGUGGGGAGAGGUUCUCAAUCCCUAAAGUCAGAUCCUCAAGGAACCACGGACUCCCCGGGGCGCGGGGGAGGCGAGAGGCGAUCCCACUGCUCCUCAGACGCACCACAAGACACCGAGUCACCGCCUCUGCUCUGUGGGCUGCUCACACUUCCCCAGUCACUCCCUCUCCCCUCGGAAGCUGGUGCCCCAGGGCCUCACGUCCCUCCCUUCAAAGCCCCACUGUGUCUGCAAUAAACAAGUACCACUCU